GAGCGGGGGAGAAGGCGGCAGCAGCGUUUGCAGAUGGUGCAAAAAGGCAAGGAGGGCGAGAAAAGCAAGCAAAGCAAUGAAGGUCAAUAGCACAAAGGCCGAGACCUCUACAGCUAUCGCGGCUCUACCUUCCACAUCUUCCUUCUGGAGAGUCAUAGUAAGAAGUGCUACGAGCUUUGAGAUGAGGAAGCGAGCCAAAUCGCAGGGGAAGAAAAAGAAGGCGCGCAUAACUAGCGUCAUGCAGCCAGUGGCGAGGGUUUCGCUUAGCGCAAAGACGAGAAAGGUGAGACGAGAAGAGGGACGAGCGGUCGUGACGAGAUCCCACGAGUGCCUGUCUGACAUAGAGCGUGGCGGGAGCGAUUGCGUGCAGCAGAGCGGAGGAGCAGAGAGCUAUACCGCAUCUUCGGGAUUGCAGAUCAGCAAGUCCUUCAUGGCUGGGUCCACCUCGAAUCGUCGGUAUGUCGGCCACUUCAGAAAGGCAGCCGCCUUCCUCAGCCUCUCCCGCAUGUCGCCCGACGCCUUCCAUGGACAAUGUUCAGUCCGCACUGGUCAUCGGUGGCACUCUAUCUUCGUCCAGGCCCUCGACGAAGAUUGUUCGAGUGAGCGUGAUGGACGGCUGUCGAAGGAGGUUGUACGCACUCCGCGAUGCUAUGUACGGUGUGAGAGACAACCGUGGACCCAUCAGCGACGUGUGGAUUGUCUCCUCCACUGGUCGUUGCCCGCUUUCGGCGACACCAUAGCUGCUGCAAUCUCCGUGACAUUGCCGUCGCGAGUGUGUGGACCGGAUUUUCAGCUGGGAUAUGCGCAGUGUGGUUCAGGUGCCGACUGCCCUGAGGGGGGCGAUGAUGCUUCUGGGAGCCGUGCUUUUGGGGAGUCGCAAGAAGGCUCGCAAACCUCGUUACCGCGGUCGGGUCAUGGUUCACAGCGUAGCGAGAGAGGACGUGGUCGGCCGAGCAGCGCAGGUCGCACGGCGCCCUUGCGCACAAGCCCGCAGACGUGGGCUGAUUGUGAGGAAGGUGUGUCGCAGUUUGGUCCCAACCUUGACCGUGGCUCUGUCGAGGAGGUGAUGGGAUUGUGGGUCGGUCCGAAAUUACCAGAUGUUGUACUCCUCGAGCCGGUUAAGCUGCUUCAAUUGUUGGCAUUGUUUCAUUUGUAUUGCCUGUUUCAUGGUGGCGCAUGUCGUGUAAGCGUGGAAUCCAUAUUAUAUCCUACGCAGUUGUGUCGGUUGGAUCUUAUAUGCGAUCGGCGAUGCAAAUGGGCGUGGCACUCAGCGCUCAUGACCACAAAUGUGUACUCCUCUCGAUUGCAGGAACAACUGUAUCAUGUGACGGUCACCACAGGAUUGAAGUACACGCUCCUGGAUAACUUAUGUGUUGCGUUAGGGUUGUGCUCGAUGCACAAGCCCACGUUCUAUAAGUUCAUGUGCACUGAUGUUGAGGUGGAGGAGGGGUGCAAUUCCAAGGUUUGCAGGCAAGGACUGCGAUAUUGCGAGCUGGCAAUAGAUAUAGUCAUGCGUCGUGGGGAGCCAGUCACUCUGAUGGUUGACGGACGGUACGACUCUGCCAGAUCCGCGCAACAUUGCACUGUGACUCCCAUCGAGUACGAAACUCGCCUUGUUGUGGGUGUACACACGCUCCAUCAAAAAACGGAGCGCAAGGUGUCAAAUGCACUCGAGGUGUCGGCCGUUGUGCGACUUUUGCGGGGCCUGCUCGAAAGAGGGUUGAAGAUCAGGUGCGUUGUCUCAGAUGAUUGUGCGGCCUUGGGGCCACAAUUGCGAGCCAUGAAUAUUGAGUGCCAGAAAGAUUGCCACCACAAAAUAAAAAAUAUUCGCAAGCACUUCAGGGAUAUGUUGAAGCUGAAGGCCACGAAGAAAGUCAGUAACCCGCAUCAGUGCGUGUCGGAGUCACAACUUAUGCAGUUCACGAAGAAGGAGUUGAUGGAGGCUUUGACUGCCCGAUUCGGACCCGGUACUCUGACACCGAAGGAAAAGCGGUUGAAGAAAUCAGAAUUCGUCGCGGUUGUGAUGCAGAAGAUGUACCCAUACGAUUCUAUUACGAACAACCAGCAACUUACUGUUGAUCCUGACGAUGUCAUGGAGUUCCAUGCGCACGAGGUUGAGGACGCGGGGCGGUUACCGUUGUUUUCUCGUGAAGACGACAUGUAUGAACUCAUUCUGCAUGUUAUGGGGAAGCAAUGUAGCACGGACAUCACCUUGUACUACAUUGAGUUUCUUCAUACAUCAGCGGUGGAAACUUUUCAAGGCAUCAUUAUCAUUUACGUGAAGAAGUGGGCGCAUUUCGAGAAAUCCUACAGUGCGCGAGUGGCAAUCGUUGUUGUUCGGUGGAACACUCACUGCUUGCGCAACCCGAUUGAGUACUGUGCUCGCAUACCCGCCGGCACUUCCAUACGUCCCAUACCUGGUUUUAAUCGGCAUAAUGAGGCAGCAGACGACUCUUGGGUUGACCGGUUGGCAGCGUUCGUGUUUGGUUCGUCUGGAGUGUCGGAUUGGGCACGACGUCUUUUACAGAACGAGGAACGUCCUUAUGGAGGCGGGCCCGGGUCAUCGCCGCUUCCAUUGUCGCGCAAUCUCUUUGUCGGAGAUAGAGAUCUGCGUGUUGAUGUCGCAGAUGAUGCCGACUCUGGUUCGGACCACGAUGUCGUAGGGGACAACAACAUUUUCAUUGUGGACGAUGAGUUCGAGGAUAUUGUGAUUGCAGGUCAUGAUACGGGACAUGCAUCGAUCUGGGAUUCGGAGGGUGACAAUACAGAGCUGCAUAGCGAUUGACUUUCUCUGCCUAUCAGUUGUCAGUCAUUAGGAUGUUUAUAUCGUUUUCCAUAAUGUUGAUGCACGACAUGGUUGCACUUUCGG